AUGUCUACUCCGGAGAACCCGGAACAGCUUGCCGAGUCGAUCCAGACGCUGCUACUAAACAUAAAGCACCAGCAGGAGCAGGCUACAGUUCGCGUGAGCUCCGCUUUGGACGACAUUUUGAGUCGUAUUGACGCUCUCGAUCAAAAUAUAUCCCAUCUUCUUGAAACAGUGAGCGCAGAUGGAAAGUAA